AUGUACGCAAUAUGCCAAAUAGAUAUUUUCACUCAGAUUCCGUGCUGGUCACAAAAAUGGUCAAUCACGUUCGCUUUUGUAUUUUCCGCUAUGACUUCAUCUUUGUAG